GGAAGUUUUCACAUUUUAUUGUUUUACAACAUUGAAUCAGUGGAUUUAUUUUGGCUUUUUUGACACUGAUCAACAAAAAAAGACUACUUCAUGUCAAAGUGAAAACAGAUCUCUACAAAGUGAUCUAAAUUAAAUACAAAUAUAAAACACAAAAUCAUUAAGUAUUCACCCCCUUUAAUAGGACACACACCAUUCAUCACCGUUACCUCCAAUUGGUUUUAGAAGUUACAUAAUUAGUUAAAUGGAGUGUGCAGUCAAGGUGUUUCAAUUGACUGUACUAAAAAUACAUCCAUAUCUGGAAGGGCAAAGAAGGUGUUGAGCUCAUCUGCAAGGUAAGUCAGUAUCCUGGCAAAAACUACAGCAGGAAGACAAAAGAACAUUCUAAGCAAUUCUGCAAAAAGGUGAUUGCAAAGCACAAGUCAGGAGAUGGAUACAAGAACAUUUCCAAGUCAGCUAGGACAAUUAUCAAGAAAUGGAAAGAAUAUGGCACAACUGUAGAUCUGCCUAGAGCAGGUUGUCCUCAAAAACUGAGGGACCGUGCAAGAAGGGGCUAGCGAGGGAGGCCACCAAAAGACAUAUGACAACUCUGGAGGAGUUACAAGCUUCAGUGGCUGCGCUAGAAGAGAUUGCACAUACAACUGUUGCCCGGGUGCUUCACCUGUCACAGCUUCAUGGGAGAGUGGCAAAGAGAGAGCCACUGUUGAAAAAAACUCAUUCGAAAUCUCAGCUUGCCAGAAGGAAUGUGGGUGACUUUGAAGUCAGCAGGAAGAAGGUUUCUAUAGUCUGAUUAAAUCAAAGUUGAGCUUUUUGGACAUCAGACUAAACACUAAGGUUGGCUAAGAAUGAGAGGAGAUCUUAUAGAAACGUAUAAAAUUAUGAAAGAGAGACAUGAGAUAGAGGCAGGAAAGUUGUUUCCACUGGUAGGUGAGACUAGAACUACGGGAGAUAGCUUCAACAUUCAGGGGAGUAGAUCUAGGACGGAGAUGAGGAGGAACUGCUUCUUCCAGAGGGUGGUGAAUCUGUAGAAUUCUCUGCCCAGUGAAGCAGUGGAGGCUAACUCAGUAAGUAUAUUUAAGACAAGGUUGAACAGAUUUUUUCAUAGUAGGGGAAUUAAGGGUUAUGGGGAAAAGGCGGGUCAGUGGAGAUGAGCCCACGGCCAGAUCGGGCAUGAUCUUAUUGAAUGACGGAGCAGGCUCGAUGGGCCAGAUGGCCUACUCCUGUUCCUAUUUCCUAUGUUCUUAAAACUGUACAUUACAAUAAGAGAUAUAUAUACAUAUGAAAUUAAACUAAUAGCGCAAAAAGAGAGCAAAAAUAGUGAGGUAGUAUACAUGGGUUCUUUGUUCAUUCAGAAACCUGAUGGCAGAGGAGGAGAAGCUGUUCCUAAAAUAUUGGAUGUGUAUCUUCAGGCUCCUGUAGCUCCUCCCUGAAGGUAGCAAUGAGAAGAGGGCAUGUCCUCGGUAAUGGGGGGUUUUUAAUGCCAGAUUCCAUCUUUUUGAGGCUCUCUGCGGUAUAUCUGUCAUCAUUUCAGAUUCUAUCAACAGCAGCAAAGUCAUCGACGACUUUACAGAUGGCGUUUGAGCUACGUGUAGCCACAAUCAUGUGUGUAAAGAACAGAACAGUGGGCUAAACGCGCAUCCUUGAGGUACGUGAUAGGAAAGGUUCAGGAUAUAAGCCAAAAUCAUGGCAAUUGGUACUAGUUUAGAUUGGCUAGAAUGACUGAGAUAGGCAGAAAGGCCCACUUCUGUGCUGUACAGUUCAAUGAAUCGUCCCUCACACUCUUGCAAUUUAAAACUACCUUGUUUUCUCAUGUUCCCUGUUCUGACAAAGGCUCUGCUCUCCAUACUUGAGGAAGGAUAUACUGGCUUUGGAGAUAGUGCAGAGGAGGUUCACCAGGUUGAUUCCAGGGAUGAAGGGGUUAGACUAUGAGGAGAGAUUGAGUCGCCUGGGACUAUACUCUCUGGAAUUCAGAAGAAUGAGAGGGGAUCUUAUAGAAACAUACAAUAUUUUGAAAGGGAUAGAUAAGAUAGAAGUAGGAAAGUUAUUUCCAUUGGUAGGUGAGACUAGAACUAGGGGACAUUGCCUCAAGAUUCAGGGGAGAAGAUUUAGGAAGGAGAUGAGGAGAAACUGUUUUUCCCAGAGACCGGUGUAUCUGUGUAAUUCUCUGCCCAGGGAAGCAAUUGAGGCUUAUUCACUAAAUAUAUUUAAGAUACAGUUAUAUAAAUUUUUACAUAGUAGGAAAAUUAAGGGUAUGGGGAAAAGGCAGGUAGAUGGAGCUGAGUUUAUGGACAGAUCAGCCAUAAUCUUAUUGAAUGGCGGGGCAGGCUUGAUGGGCCGGAUGGCUGACUCCUGCUCCUAUUUCUUAUGUUCUAUUUUUCCCCACUGAUGUUUCCUGAUCAACUGGUGUUUCCAACAUUUUCAGUUUUUAUUCUGUUUAUUCUCCAUCAACUCCAGGGUUACACUGAGAACCCAGAUGCCCCUCAUUGGAACCACAAUCAUACCUUCCCCACCAUCAAAAUUUAAAAUACCUGGUUUUUAAUUUUCUGGUUCUGAUGAAGGAUUAUUGAUCUGCAAUAUUACCUAUGUUUUUCUCUCCACAAAUGAAGUAUGAUCUGCUGAACGUUUCUAGCAUUCUGUUUUAUUUCAGCGUAAUUCUAAUGUUCCUCAACAGGCAGUAAAACUGCCUCAUUGUUUCCGCCUUGAGAAAAACACUGCCCCCAAGUCUCUGCGUCUCUCCGGGUAUUCCAUUCCGUGUGCUCCUCGCUUCGCUCCCCGUUUAUCAGGCUUUGUGGAAUAUUAUCCUCCCCUUUUCUCCGAGUCGCUGUGUGUGUGUGACCGAGCCAUGGCGCCCAGGGAGCCGCUCUGCUCGCUGCUGCCGCUCUGGCUCCAGCUCCUGGGCCUCAGCCUCGGCCUCGGCCUCGGCCUCGCCGUCGCCAGCCGCCCCGGGGUGGUGGUGCUCCUGGCCGACGACCUGGGAUACGGGGACCUGGGCUGCUUCGGACAUCCAAGCUCAUUCACUCCAAAUCUGGACCGACUGGCAGCUUCGGGCCGAAGGUUCAGCGAUUUCUACAGCGCGGCCAGCGUCUGCAGCCCAUCUCGGGCAGCCUUGCUCACAGGCCGUUACCCUACACGAUCAGGAAUUUUCCCAGGCGUCUUCUACCCUGGGUCAAAGGGGGGACUUCCACUAAAUGAAACGACAGUUGCUGAGUUGUUGAAGCAGCAAGGAUAUGUCACUGCCAUGGUGGGGAAAUGGCAUUUGGGCUAUGGAUUAAAUGGGAUUUACUUACCCAUCCACCACGGUUUUGAUGAAUUCCUGGGUGUUCCAUACUCCCAUGACCAGGGUCCCUGCCAGAAUUUGACCUGUUUCCCACCGGACACCAAGUGUUAUGGAAAGUGUGAUCAAGGAGUGGUCCUCUUGCCCCUAAUCAGGAAUAAUACGGUGGUUCAGCAGCCGGUCAGCUUUCCCAAGCUCACGGCACAGUACGAUCGCUUUGCAAGAGACUUCAUUCUAAGAGCAGCACAACAACAAAAACCAUUCUUCCUUUAUUACGCAUCACAUCAUACCCAUUAUCCACAGUUUGCAAGUGCAGAUUUUACAAGAAAGUCGAUGAGGGGUCCUCUGGGAGACGCCCUGUUGGAAUUUGAUGGUUCAGUGGGACAGAUACUGAAGGCCCUACGUGAUGCUGGAGUGGAGAAUAACACAUUAAUCUUCUUCACCAGUGAUAAUGGACCAGAACUGAUGCGACGAUCACGUGGUGGAAAUGCAGGGCUGCUGAAGUGUGGCAAAGGCACCACAUAUGAAGGAGGGAUGAGGGAACCUGCAAUUGCCUACUGGCCUGGCCAGAUUGCUCCAGGUGUGACCCACGAACUGGCCAGCACCCUGGAUAUCCUGCCAACAAUUGCCAGCCUCACGGGUGCUAAGCUUCCACGCGUCAAACUUGAUGGAUAUGAUAUGGGGGAUAUCCUCUUCAAUAAUGGGAAGAGCAAGCGGGACACCAUGUUUUACUAUCCAGUUUCUGCCAGCAAGAAGCUGGGCGUGUUUGCUGUACGUAAAGGGCGGUACAAAGCCCACUACUACACUCAAGGUUCCACCCACAGUGACAGUACCCCUGACCAUGACUGUCACUGGGACUCGUUUCUCACCCCCCAUGACCCUCCACUGCUCUUUGAUCUGGAAGCUGAUCCUUCUGAGAACUACCCGCUGAGCAGCUCUGACAUUCCCAAUUACAGCUGGAUAAUCAACCAGAUACACGAGGAAAAGCUGAUCUUUGAACAGGAAAUGGAGUUUGGGGAAAGCCAAAUUGAGAAGGGAGUUGACCCAAAUCUUGAACCUUGCAUUAAUGCUGGGUGUAGACCCCGGCCUACCUGCUGCGUUAAGACUUAGAAUGGAAGGAGGAAAGGAGGGAAGGCACACGUUAACACCACUAACUGGAAAAUUGAUGACUAAUCUCAACACAGGCCUCUGGGACAGGAGGGGGAAGGGUAGCAUUGACACUCUCCUGACAGCUGAAUUUAAAAAUGCAAACUUAAGUAUGCUGAAAGAACUUGGAAUGAAAUAGAAUGGUUUUGAGUGAAAGAAAGGUUCUAGAAAGGGGAGGCUGGGUACUCAGGACUUCAAAAAACAUCAAUCUGUCUCAUUGAAUUCUGAUUAACCACAGUGUCCCUGUAAUUUUCUGACUAGGUUUUGAUGAUUUUCAUUCAGCCAGUCAGUAUAGGGUAAGUUGGUUCUUACAGAAAAUGAUAUAACAUUUUCAUUUUAUUGAUCUAGCUCAACUUUAUUCUUAACUCUAAUUUCAGUAUUUUUCUUUGAGUUUAACCCCAGUUAAAUUCUGUGAUCAUUUGAAGGAAAUCAUUUUCAUCUGUACAGACUAUCACACCUGUCUGUUGUUCCUGGUCAGUUUCUAUUCUCAUCAGUCUGACUAUCCCUGAUCAGUUUCUAUUCUCAUCUGAUCGGACUAUCACGUCUGUCUGUCUCUUCUCAUCUGUACAGACUAUCACAUCUGUCUGUCAUUCCCUGGUCAGUUUCCGUUUGCCCUCAAAUACCCUUUUUAGUAAUGUAGAUGUCAUUCACAAAUCUGACAGUAUGAUUGAAGUAAUCCCUUCUGGGUUAAAGUGAGUUCAUGUUUGUCCAUGAAUCAUUUAUUCUGACUAUUCCUGAAACAUCUGACAGAAAUGUUCUUUUGUUUUUAGGCUUAUGAAGAUCUGAAAUAGCUAUUGCUUUGUAGAAUUCUCUACUCUUUCACAAAUCUCAUACAUGGUAAGGUGGAAUAAUCUCAUUAAAUAGCAGAUUGCCUCGGAGCCCAUCCAUCACUCGCUUAGCUACUGUAUAUAUAACUUGAUUAGAGCCUUCUCAUUUGCAACCUGCCUUUAAAGAUUCCCUUUCAGUCCUUGUGCUUCCUCAUGACUUGCUGGAGUUGGAAACUUGCUCAAGUUUACAGAUGAAUGGCACAGGUGUAUUUACAGUACAACUUGGUGUCCAUGAUGUUGAUUUACCUGGGAUAAAUGCUGCAGUCUUGGCCAUAGUAUUGUCAUUAUUGUUAUGAACCUGAGUUCCAAGUGUCCUGUGUUACCCACACUCCAAUUUUUAUUCAAAGUUCAAAGUAAAUUUAUUAUCAAUGUGUGUGUGUGUGUGUGUGUGUGUUACAACCCUGAGAUUCAUUUUCUUGUGGGUAUACUGAAUGAAUCCAUAAUAGAAAUAAUAACCAUAAUAGAAUCAAUGAUAAACCGUACCAACCUGGAUGUUCAACCAAUGUGGGAAAGACAACAAACUACAAAUAUAAAAAUAAUAAAUAAAUAAAUAUUGAGAACAUGAGUCUAUACCAAUGGCCUAUAUUUUUGUCUCAUAUUUGGCAGUCUUCCUUCCCUCCAAAUCCAAACCUUUGUGUCGUCUAAACAAUACUUUAUACCUCAUCUUGUCUGCUUCUUUUAAAUGUCUGCCUGCACUAAUUGUUAUUAUUUUAGAUGAAAACGCUCCUGGAUUUGUCUUGUGGGGAGGAGAGUUGAAAUGGAAACUGAUCAUUCUGCUGUCAUCCUUUAACCUCAACUCUUUUUUCCUCCUAUUUCUUUCACACCACCAGAUUUGUUUUGAAAGCCCAAUUUAACUAUCCGUCUUUAAAAGAGUUCGGGCUUCUACUCAUCUUUGUGUUUAAAUCAGACUUCUAAUUUCACUCCUUAAAAGAACACGACUUCUCAUGCUUGUUUCCUUCACCAAAGGAAACUCUUUCUCUCUGCAUCUGCAUCGAAACUAUUCAAUCACCCGACUACACUUAAUACCUCAGCUGUUUAAACUCAAAGGAAUCCUAAUUCGAAGGUGUGUUAUAUUAGCAUCCGGGAUUUUAACAUGGAUUAAUGUUGAAGUUUAGGUAAGUGAUGUUUUCUUGGAGAUCUCUAAAAGGAAGCAUUUUGUAAAACUAGUAAUCAGUGGUUACAUUGUGGUGAUCAGCAAAGCUUUUGUCUGAGUGGAAAAUUAACUUCACUAAUCAAUCAUUGUAUGAUUCUUCUGUAUGCUUGCGAUGUAUAAUUUCAACAUUUAAGAGAGGUUUGGAUAAGUACAUGGAUGGGAGGGAUAUAGAGAUCUGUGGUCCAAGUGUUGGUCAAUGGGACUAGACACAAUAACAGUUGGGUACGGACUAGAUGCUGUAGUGUUCUAUGAUUCUGUGACAGACACUGCUAGGUUGUUGAAUGUGGGCAUCAAUUGACCGUAUAUCUGUCAUUCCCACUAUCCUUUCAAAACCCUGCUGCUGACAGUCACCAGAGAAAUGUCCUCUCAUAUGAAGUACCAGAGUGCUCCCAAGGCCUGUGGAACAGCAGCCCAUCAGUCAGCAGCUCUGAGAGAGCAAAGUGAACACUAACACCAAAUGCUGCCUUCGGAAUGGGAG